UAUCGAGAGAAAUUUGUUUGAAUAUACACAAUAACGAGGGAGAGAGAGAGAGAAACGAACGAGAGAGAGAGAGAGAAUAUGAUGGAAUGAAGACGAAGUUGAAGAAGAAGAGGGAGAGGUUGGGAGAUGGCAAGAUCGGAGUUAGAUUAUACUUAUUCAAAUAAUGGAAGAGGAGGGAGAGGAGUGCCCAAAUGGUGUUCUUAUAAGAGAACUACUGUUAUCAUAUGUUCCAUCAACAUUGUUGUUGCCCUUUACGUUUUUCAGAAUCUCUAUACUUCUCUUUACUCCUACUCCUAUCAAGAUUUACACACUGCUGUUACCUACACUCCAGAUCAAAUUAGAAAUAUGGAAGAAUCAGUGCGAAUACGAAAACAAUCCGAACCUAGAAAGCUCAUUGAAAUGGUUAAAGAGAUCAAACAAAAAGUAGAUAGAAGAGAGGACAUGGUUGAAUUGCCACAGGCGUCGAAACAGAAGUUGAUCAACGAGAUUAUAGAACUAUUGGGAGGAUUGAAUGGUGGAGCCAACGCCACUUUACAGCAUGAAGCGGUUGAAAGUUGGCGGAUGGAAAAACUAGAGGAAGCCAAAAGAAUCACUCGCGAGAAGACCUCGAAUUCAACCAUCCUACUGGCGGAAGCAGGAAUGCUUGCAAGAGCCUUAGAGUUUGAUUGGGCCGAGUUAUUACAUGAAAUUGGUCUAUGGAUACCAGUCAAUGUUAUCAACAAAGAACAUAAUGACAAACCUGAGGGUGAAGAUGAGUUUGAUGAUAUGAUCCUAGCGGGGAGGCGUCUACCUCCUGAGUGUAACGCCGAGCUUCAUACAGAUUACGGUGGUCGUGCUGUCAAAUGGGGACUCACCCAUCGUAAAGAAAGUGCGUACGAAUGUUGUCAAGCCUGUUUAAAUCAAGCUAGAAACGCGAGAUCGAAUGAAAUGAAAUGUAAUAUAUGGGUUUAUUGCCCUGCUGAAGGGGGAUGCCAUUCCCCAGAUAUAUACCAACACAAACUUGAAGAAUGCUGGCUGAAAUAUGCAGAGAAGCCGGAAGUGAACUUUAAGGAUAGAUAUUCAGAAAAUUACAGAAGAAAUCACCCGAAUGCGCCUUUGGUCGUUCCUUGGGUCUCAGGGGUUAUAAGUUCAUAACUAAGAACCUGGUUGAAGACUAACAGAGACUA